AUGACCUUCUGUGUGGCACUGGUGUCCAAUCAGAAGAGGAUAACAGAAGUGGAUGGGUUGUGGAAUGGGGUAGGGGGAAUUGGAGGUGGCAAUGGUGCUGAAAGAGGAAGGGGUGGAGGGCAGUGGCUGAGGGGAGGGGGAGGAGAUGGGGCAUUUCAUCCAUGGGCAUCACCCAUUCCUUUGCUAUGGGGUGGAGCCAAUGCUGGACGCACUAUUUACAAUGCAGAGGGGAAGAAGUUUGCCCUUCAUCUUGUUCCUUUGGGUAUUCUUAAUGAGGAAACUGUGUGUGUGAUUGGUAAUUGGGUUGUAGUGCAUUCACCAGGGUGGUUUGAAGAAAUUGAUGGCCUAGAAUCUAAUGGGGUCUCCUGCAAAGGUAGGAUAUUGGUAUCUGAUCGUGCUCACUUGUUAUUUGAUUUUCAUCAAGUAGUAGAUGGCCUUAGAGAGGCCGAGCUAGCUAAUUCCUUUAUUGGCACUACCAAGAGAGGCAUUGGACCAUGUUACUCCAGCAAAGUUAUUCGCAAUGGCAUUAGAAUAUGUGACCUUAGGCAUAUGGACACUUUACCUCAGAAGCUUGAUCUGUUAUUGUCAGAUGCAGCUUUAAGAUUCCAAGGUUUUAAGUAUAGCCCAGACAUGCUCAAAGAAGAAGUUGAAAAAUACAAGAGAUUUGUUGAGAGGUUGGAACCCUUCAUUGCUGGCACUGUGCAUGUCGUAAAUGAAUCCAUUGCACAAAAGAAGAAGAUUUUAGUGGAAGGUGGUUAG